GCGGGGUUGAAGUCCAGGGUAUAGACUGGUCCAGAGUAUAGACUGGUCCAGAGUGGGCUCAGCAGGAAGACACGUUUAAACAGAUUUCAAACAUGUCUGAUGUGAGUAACCAGCUGCUGUCUGACCCCAUCUCUGCAGUUGGAAUUGUCACUUCGCUAAAUAAGGCCCCAGAUGACUUCCAUGUUGUUGCACAAACAACAGAUGGCUCUGACGCCGACCUGUGGAAGGACGCCUUAUUCAAAUCCAAGGUCACUCGCUACCUCUGUUUCACCAGAAAACCUGGGCCUGACGUCAUUGCGGACGUGAAGCUGACUGACAUUAAGGACGUGUUGCCAGAGGGCUUUACACCUGUGCUAGAAACAAUGGAUACGAAGGAAACUGCCACGAGGAAGAGGAGGCUCUGUGUGAAAAUCAGCCCUCGUGCGGCUGCUGAGACAGCUGUGUAUGACAUCCAGAUCAUUGCGAAGUCCAAGUACCAUCUUGUUAACUACACCUGUAUAGGUGAGAUCAACAACAUGGGAAUAUGGUAUCAAAUCGGAGAUGUUCCCCAGCAUCAGUCCUGUCAGGAAACUUCCAUCACAGCUGACACGGACAUCCCAACACAAACCAACACAGCAAGAACCACGAGAAGGCCAGACAAUGAGCAGCAGAGCAGUGGGAACAACACCAAGACAGCUCUGGAUGAUGUGCCCUUUGUGAUCUCUGAGAAGUUUUUUGACAACCCCAAAAAGUUUCACUACAACUUCAGCGCAGAGAAAAGCAUCGUCCUGUAACUUUCCUCCCAGGCUUCCGAAGGUGACAGAGCCACAAGGACUGGACGAGUACACAAGAAAAAAAAGGGAUAAUUUGUAGAAUAACAAACUAAUGAAAGCAAGAAAGAUUUUAAAUUAAGAUUUGGUUCAAAUGUAUAUAAUGUAAUUUUAUGCAGAAAAAUGCAAUGCAAAAAAAAGGUUUUUUAUUUUAAUGGAUUCUUUGUAAAUGAUUCAG